GGGGGGAUGCCGGUCUGCCUGAUCAGGCUCUCGAUCUCAGCCGCCUCUCUGGUUUACAGUGGUUGCUUCCCUUUACUCACCGGGGAGCAACAUAUAAGGAAGGUGAACACACUCGCUAGUUCCAUGCGUGUUGCCCUCUUAAUUUGAUGCAGGCAGAAAGCUGAUCAACGAUAAGCUGCUAGUUCUUCCCUCUUGGAAUCUCUUCCUCCUGCCCCCCUUGGUCUGCUACGUUUUGCUUCUCCAGCGUACGUCCUGCCUCUCGUCUGUACAAGUAUCUUUACAGGGCAGUCGUGAAUGAUGCUUCCUAUGAGUUCAGCAUGCUCAGGAGGACAAUUCCCCGGAGCUUCACCUCAUGGGAUAAUACCAAAGCAGUUCAGCAGAGCGCCUCGUAUUCGUGUCAGUAUAAGAGGUAUGAGGUACCUCCCAAGUGCUACAAAAGAUCUCUUAAUAUAUGGAGCAGCAGGUGUUGAGAAGAGCCUGGGAUUAGGGAGGAAUGCGGGAAGCCAGCAAGGCAUGCAUAAGAAUGAACUGCAUGACAAGAUAAGGAAGCAGCUUAGGGAUGUCCAAUUACAACCAUCUUCAUACGACACUGCAUGGGUGGCCAUGGUGCCAGUGCAGGGCUCUCAUCAAACUCCACGCUUUCCGCAAUCUAUUGAGUGGAUACUGCAAAACCAAUAUGAUGAUGGAUCUUGGGGUACAAACCUGCCAGGUUUGGUAGUCAACAAAGACAUUCUUUUGUGUACAUUGGCAUGUGUUGUUGCACUGAAAAGAUGGAAUACUGGCCGAGAUCACAUCAGCAGAGGACUGAAUUUUAUUGGAAGAAAUUUCUCAGUUGCCAUGGAUGAGCAAACUGUUGCUCCUGUGGGUUUCAACAUUACCUUUUCUGGCUUGCUUAGCCUUGCCACUAGAACGGGUUUGGAAUUGCCUGUUAUGCAAACGGAUAUUGAUGGGAUUAUUCACAUUCGGAAGAUCGAAUUGGAAAGGGAUGCUUAUGGUACAGCUUCAUCAAGAAGAGCCUUCAUGGCAUAUGUGUCUGAAGGGUUAGGCAACCUACAAGACUGGAAUCAGGUAAUGGCGUAUCAAAGGAAGAAUGGAUCGAUUUUCAACUCGCCUUCUGCAACUGCUGCUACAAUAAUCCAUGGCCACAACUAUAGCGGCCUCGCUUACUUGGAUUUUGUUACAAGCAAGUUUGGUGGCCCAGUCCCGGUGAUGUAUCCGCAAAAUGCUUAUUCACAACUUUGCAUGGUGGAUACUCUUGAAAGGAUGGGUAUCUCUGAGAGUUUUGCUUGUGAAAUAAGUGAUAUAUUGGACAUGACAUACAGGUUAUGGAUGCAUAAUGAGGAGGAGCUAAUGUUGGACAUGAGAACAUGUGCAAUGGCAUUUCGCCUAUUACGUAUGCAUGGUUAUGACAUCACCUCAGAUGGAAUGGCUCAAUUUGUGGAACAAUCCAGCUUUGAUGAUUCAAUUCAUGGAUAUCUAAAUGAUACUAAGGCUUUGCUUGAGUUGUACAAAAGUUCACAACUUCGUUGCUUGGAAGAUGAUUUGAUUCUAGAAGAAAUUGGUUCUUGGUCAGCAAGAGUACUACUGGAAAAAAUAUCUUCCAAAAUGAUACACAUAUCAGAAUUACCGGAGGUGGAGUAUGCCUUGAAAUGCCCAGUCUAUGCCAUCUUGGAAAGGCUAGAGCAGAAGAGGAACAUAGAACAAUUCAAGACCAAGGAACAACUAAAAAUCGAGGGCUUCAAGCUGCUGAAAUCAGGAUACCGUGGCGUUAUUCCAAAUGAUGAAAUUCUGGCUUUGGCUGUUGACGAAUUCCAUUCCUCUCAAUCUGUCUACCAACAAGAACUCCAAGACCUCAAUAGUUGGGUGGCACAUACCAGAUUGGAUGAGCUGAAAUUUGCAAGAUUAAUGCCAUCGAUAACCUAUUUCAGUGCUGCUGCCGUCCUGUUGCCUUCUGAAUCAGCCCGCAUUGCAUGGACCCAGAACUGCAUCUUGACGACCACAGUCGAUGACUUCUUUGACGGUGAAGGAUCAAAAGAAGAAAUGGAGAACUUGGUCAAAUUAAUAGAGAAGUGGGACGACCAUGGUGAGAUUGGCUUCUCCUCCGAGUGUGUAGAGAUUCUAUUCUAUGCUGUUUACAACACGAGCAAGCAGAUUGCGGAAAAGGCCAUGCCGCUGCAGAAACGCAAUGCCGUGGAUCAUAUCGCCGAAUCGUGGUGGUUCACGGUGAGGGGCAUGUUGACCGAGGCCGAAUGGAGGAUGGACAAGUAUGUGCCAACAACAGUGGAGGAGUACAUGUCAGCUGCCGUGGACUCCUUUGCUGUAGGCCCCAUCAUCACCUCGGCGGCAUUGUUCGUCGGACCAGAGCUCUCGGAAGAGGUUUUCAGGAGCGAGGAGUACAUCCACCUAAUGAACCUUGCGAACACUAUCGGUCGCCUUCUCAAUGACAUGCAGACAUACGAGAAGGAAAUCAAAAUGGGGAAGGUCAAUAGCGUCAUGUUGCAUGCUCUUUCCCACAGCGGCGGAGGCCGCGGCUCACCGGAGGCAUCGAUGGAGGAGGCCAAGAGAGAGAUGAGGAGGGUCCUCCAGGGCUGUAGGUUUGAGCUCCUAAGGCUGGUGACUAGGGAUGCGGGUGUUGUUCCUCCGCCGUGCAGGAAGCUCUUCUGGCUCAUGAGCAAGGUUUUACACUUUGUCUACAUGGAAAAGGAUAGGUAUUUCACGGCAGAGGGGAUGAUGGCCUCGGCAAAUGCGGUGAUUCUUGAUCCCCUGCAAGUGACACUUCCUCCAUCUGAUUCGGGAACACUGUGACCACAAACAAAACCUGAAUUGUGUACUGUGUUAAGCAGCCUGCGCAGGUGUUUAUUGCCCGCGUAGCUCUCCUGCAAAUUAUAACUAGGUCGAAAUAAGUUGCUUGUAAUGUCUAUUACUCAAUAAUUCUUGGUCUAGAAUGCAUAUAGUGUAUUCAAACAUUUGACUUUUUAAGUAUGAAAUAAGUUGUUUGUAAUGUAUACAACUACUCUUUCAGUCCUGCAAAACAGAGUGAAGCGAAUAAAGCAUACACACAUAUAAGAGGAAAUACACUUCCAGUGAUUCAGGGGAAA